AUGGCACAAGCUAUCGCGAUGAUCAAGGACAUAAAUCCUACUGCGGAAAAUUUGACACUACAAGUUAGAGUUGUUCUUUUAUGGAAAAUGGCGUCAUUCAAAAAUCUGGAGGAUGUUUACUCUAUUGACAUGGUGUUGUUAGAUGCAAACUUUGGGAAUGGAGGAAAGACUUCAUCAGAAAUGGUGACUCAACUAAGUAGUCAUACCUCUCAAAAAAAUGAAACUGAAUUCCUAAAAAAAUAUGAGAGUAAGCAUGUUAAUGAGAUACGUGAGACACAAGAGGUAUGUUAUUGUGUGACACUAGCUGUGAUCGACUCUAUAGACUCUGAAAAUGGGUGGUUCUACCUCGCAUGUAAGAAAGAUUAUAAAAAAGUUCAAGAGAUGAAUGAUGAUGCGGGCCUUUUCCAACAAAUUCGGGUUGUUGAUGAUUCUGGAAGUGCAUCAUUUGUUUUAUUUGAUCGUGACGUGGUGCAUAUCUUGGGUAAAUCUGCGUUAUCCAUAAGGGAAUAUCAGGCACAGAAAGGCAAUUCAGAUUCAUUUCCUAAAGAUUUAGAUGAACUUUUGGAAAGGAAGUAUUUGUUUAAGAUUAGGAUUACAGAUUAUAAUCUUAAGCAAAAUUGUCCAAUAUUCACAGUCACGAAAAUCUCUGAUAAUGAAAACCUCAUAAAGUCCUUCCAAGAUGCUAAUACUCCUGAAAAGCAGCUUGAGCACCAGGAAAUUGAUGUUACUUCAAAGACUUUGAAUGCCGGAGAGAACACUAUCACCAUACACAGUGAGGACAUGGACGACAACUGGUCCAAUAGUUGUAUCACUCCAAACCAAAAAAGAAGUUCCAAAGAUUUUGAAGACGAUGGGAAUCAUACAUCUACUGAGCAUUCUUCAAAUAAGUACCAGCGAAUUAUUUCGAUUAAACAAGAAAAAGACACCGCGGAUAACUAG